AAAAAAUAAGGAUUCAUUAAAAAUUGCGGAGGAAAACUAUAUUUGAUUUCUCUCUCUUCUGUUCAACGCCACCUACCCAGAAAGAAGAGAAACAUUGCUGCCAUUUCUCUUCUUCAAACCCUAAACACUGUUUCAGACGAGAUCGAAUUCUUCUUCUCUGAGUACUCAAUCUGUAAUUUCAAUUCGAUUUCUUAGCUGAAUCAAUGUCAAGCACUCAAGAUGUCUCCAAAACUCCAUCCUCUUCUAACAAGAGAACGGUGUCAACUCAAGGUUCAGUUGAUAUAUAUGCGGCGCAGUGCAAAAGUUGCAUGAAAUGGAGAGUGAUUGAUACGCAGGAGGAGUUUGAAGAGAUUCGACAUAAAAUCAUCCGAGAGCCUUUUGACUGUAGCAGAAAGGCUAAUUGUAGCUGUGAUGAUCCUGCUGAUAUUGAAUAUGAUUCGACCCGGACAUGGGUCAUUGACAAGCCUAAUCUUCCAAAGACUCCACAAGGUUUCAAGAGAACCUUGGUGCUGAGGAAAGAUUAUUCUAAAUUAGACUCGUACUACAUCACACCUACAGGUAAAAAACUGAGAACCCGCAAUGAGAUAGCAGCAUAUCUGAAAGACCAUCCAGAACUAACUGGUGUAUCUGCUUCGGAUUUCGAUUUUUCUUCCCCAAAGAUAAUGCAAGACACUAUCCCAGAAUAUAUUGAUCAGAAGGAUUCUGCCAACAAAAAAGCUAAGAUAAUUUAGAGUGAUGUCUGAGAAACUUCAUCACAAGUUUGCUGCAUGCUGUUGUUGAUGCUAAUUAUGGUUGGUUUGUUUGUAGUAUAAUAUAUCUAGAGACCCGUUAGGGGGAACACCAAUCCUGUAGCAUUGAAACAUGUUUAUUCUUGCUGUCUUUUGUAACUUAAACAGAUAUUCACCGCCUGUGUUUAGUAAUCAGAACACCCAAAACAAUAUUUACUAUU